AUGGAGGAGAGAGAGCGACAAAGAGAACCGCGGUAUUCAGGUGUCAUCGGCGAAAUGGGGAGCGCCAGACACAGAUUUUGUUGUGACUCCCUCACUCACCCCUCCCUCACUCACCCCUCCCUCCCUCACCCCUCCCUCACUCACCCCUCCCUCACCCCUCCCUCCCUCACCCCUCCCUCCCUCACCCCUCCCUCACUCACCCCUCCCUCACUCACCCCUCCCUCCCUCACCCCUCCCUCACUCACCCCUCCCUCCCUCACCCCUCCCUCCCUCACCCCUCCCUCACUCACCCCUCCCUCACUCACCCCUCCCUCACUCACCCCUCUCUCACUCACCCCUCCCUCCCUCACCCCUCCCUCCCUCACCCCUCCCUCACUCACCCCUCCCUCACUCACCCCUCCCUCCCUCACCCCUCCCGCCCUCACCCCUCCCUCACUCACCCCUCCCUCACUCACCCCUCCCUCACUCACCCCUCCCUCACUCACCCCUCCCUCCCUCACCCCUCCCUCACUCUCGUCUCUCACGCUGAACUCUUUGUUGCAGAUUUGUUCAUCUAAACAGCAAGGAGAGAGAGAGAGGAGACAAGGAGAGAGGAGAGGUGACAAGGAGAGAGGAGGAGACAAGGAGAGAGGAGAGGUGACAAGGAGAGAGGAGGAGACAAGGAGAGAGGAGGAGACAAGGAGAGGAGGAGACAAGGAGAGAGGAGAGAAAACAAGGAGAGUCAACAAGGAGGAGACAAGGAGAGAGGAGAGAAAACAAGGAGAGAGGAGAGGUGACAAGGAGAGAGGAGGAGACAAGGAGAGGAGGAGACAAGGAGAGAGGAGAGAAAACAAGGAGUCAACAAGGAGGAGACAAGGAGAGAGGGGAGAAAACAAGGAGAGAGGAGAGGUGACAAGGAGAGAGGAGGAGACAAGGAGAGAGGGAGGAGACAAGGAGAGAGGAGGAGACAAGGAGAGAGGAGGAGACAAGGAGAGGAGAGGUGACAAGGAGAGAGGAGGAGACAAGGAGAGAGGAGGAGACAAGGAGAGAGGAGGAGACAAGGAGAGAGGAGGAGACAAGGAGAGAGGAGAGGUGACAAGGAGAGGAGAGGAGACAAGGAGAGGAGAGGAGACAAGGAGAGAGGAGAGGUGA